CAAGCCCCCACGACCGUUUGCCUGCCGCUGUUCUCGUUGCGCAAGCAAUUGCAUCUGCUCUGCGCGCCUUUCUCGCCAUUGCUGCUUGUCGGUCGCUUCUCCCGCCGUUCCCUCGUCCACCCGGCUGUCGCGCUCCCUAGGAGGCCCCUGGAUUCGCCUGCCUCGCCGUCUCGCGCCUCUCGCGACCUGCACCUCACCACCCGGCACCACCUGGAUACAUGGCCGAUAUGAACCAAGAAACCAUCCAGCAAAAGAUCCAGCUCGCCCGACGCGACGCUGAGGCGCUCAAGGACAGGAUAAAGCGCAAGAAGGAUGAGCUGGCUGACACCACCCUUCGCGAUGUCGCCAGAGACCGUGUCGAGGCGCUGCCGCGCCUCACCAUGAAGACGAAGCGCACCCUCAAGGGCCAUCUUGCCAAGAUCUACGCCAUGCACUGGUCGACCGACCGCAGACAUCUCGUUUCCGCUUCGCAGGACGGAAAGCUCAUCAUCUGGGACGCUUACACGACGAACAAGGUCCACGCCAUCCCCCUGCGCUCAUCAUGGGUCAUGACAUGCGCCUACUCGCCGUCUGGCAACUACGUGGCCUGCGGUGGUCUCGAUAACAUCUGCUCCAUCUACAACCUGUCCGCUCGGGAAGGCCCAACACGCGUGGCGCGCGAGCUGUCUGGCCACUCGGGCUACCUCAGUUGCUGCAGAUUCAUCUCCGACAAGCGCAUCCUCACAUCGUCGGGUGACAUGACCUGUGUGCUAUGGGAUCUCGAGACCGGCUCCAAGGUACACGAAUUCGCCGACCAUCUCGGCGACGUAAUGAGCUUGAGCAUCAACCCGCUCGACCACAACCAAUUCGUCUCUGGUGCUUGCGACGCUUUCGCCAAGCUGUGGGACAUCAGACAGCAGAAGUGCGUGCAGACCUUUGCCGCGCACGACUCCGACAUCAAUGCUAUUCAAUUCUUCCCCAACGGUAACGCCUUCGGUACCGGUUCCGAUGACGCUUCUUGCCGUCUGUUCGAUAUCCGCGCCGACCGCGAGCUUGCGUCAUACCAGAUUCCCGAGCCAGUUUGUGGUAUUACAUCCGUGGCCUUUUCCGUUUCCGGAAGACUGCUGUUCGCAGGUUACGACGACUUUGAGUGCAAGGUUUGGGACGUACUUCGCGGCGAACGCGUAGGCACAUUGCAAGGACACGACAACCGCGUCAGUUGUCUCGGUGUCAGCAACGACGCGCUCAGUCUGUGCACUGGUUCAUGGGACUCGAUGCUGCGCAUCUGGGCAUAAGUGCCGUCAGCCUUACUCUUACAACUACGACGCCAUGUAACGACGCCAAUCCGAACGUGUGCGCCCUAUCACUCCCUGUAAUAUUGGCAAACUACACCUACACCUACGACAGCGAUCUCCCAACCUCCUGGCAAUACCAUACCCCUUGCUGCAUCUCAUCAGUCAGGAGAGAAAUCGGAGCGCUGCCUCACCUUUUUA